CCUCUCUCGGUCGCUCGCCGACCCACGGGCAAUUCACCCGUGGCCCGUUUGCCUCUCGUCGGACCAUCGAACUCUGCUCUGCUGUUGCCCGCUGGCAAGGACGACUUCACCAGAAGAUAACACCGACGCCUCGCGACGCACGCCCUUCCACCCUCGAGCCGCAUCGAGCUCCGCGCUCGUGUCACCUGUACAGACUGUUGCUGCGCCAUCGUCGUCGUCGUCGCAUUUGCACACUCGAACCGGCCCCUCCCUCCCUCUCUCAAGGCGCCGCCGCGGCCUGCGACGACCGCUCGACUCGACACCAGACGAAUGCGGCCACUGGGGGAGAAAAAAAGUCCCGCGCCGCCAUUCUUCAACACCAUCGCUCACCACCACCCCUCAACCUCGACGACAUCCGUACCUGCUGCCGACCCGGCUCUGUGAUUGACGGCCACCAGCGCCACGGGUGACGCAAGAGUCGUCAAUGCGCCAUUGACUCGUUGGACGACGACCGACGACGACCGACGCUCGCUUUCCAUCGCACGACGCUCCGGCGCAGGGCCCACCACCAACACUCACGCGGCCGACCGACCGACCCUUUUCCCAUCGCAUCUCACCUUUGACCCCAACGGCGCGCGAGACUCGGGAAUCUCUUUCUCCCGCGUGAUAAUUCUGUCAUGAUGGCUUCCGCGGCGUGGGAUGGGCAGGACCAGCACAUGGCCGCCGCCGGCGACGAUGAGUUCAACCAGUUCCUCGACAUGAGCGGCAUGGCCAACAUGGGCGACGGCAUGCACUUCGACUUCCACGGCUUCCAGGAUACCAGCGCCGCGCAACCCAUCAUGGGCCAGUCGCGCCAGCACCAGCAGCACGACUCCAUCAUGUCCGACUCGGACCCUUCGCACAUGAUCCCCCGCAGCGACGGCCUCCUCCAGAACCACACCCCGGCCAUGACCACGGCCGGCAUGCCCGCCCAGAUGAUGGCCACCUCGGCCCCUAGCGACGCCAUCUCCAGCAUCGACGCCCAGAUCCAGUACCUGCAGCAGCAAAAGUACCAGCAGCAGCAGCGCGUCCUCCAGGAGCAACGCGCCACCUUCUUCUCCAACCACAGCCACUCCGUGCCCCCGACGCCCCAGAGCCUCGAGAUGGCCCCCGGCAGCGGCCAGUUCUACUCGCAGCCUGAGCAGGUCGCCCGCCAGGGCGUCUAUGACAGGGGCUACCACCAGCGUAUUGCUGAGCAGCAAGAUGUAGGACAUGCAUGCCCGCCCCUUCGAUCGAAGCCCGACCCCUUACUUGACCACGACGGCAGGAACCACCCGCCGUGAGAAUGUGCACCUGCUGACCGUAGCAUCAGAUGGCCUUUACGCCCCUCGUGUCUCCUGCUGUGACGCCUCUAGAUCCCCACUUCAACAUGGACAAUGCCUUCACCGUCCCGGGCGCCUACUUCAGCCCCCUGACGUCGCCGGCGCUGCAUGCGCAAAACGACUCCUCAUCAGCUUACGACCACAGCACUCACUCUAACAACUCCCCCAUCGAAAUGGACCUCGAGGCGCCCGCCAUCGCGCCCGCCGCCAAUGCGCAGGACCUUUCCAAGAAGGCUCGGAAAAACAACGCCGUCAAGGCCAGGGGUAAGGCCAGCAUCAAGAGCUCGCCUAUCGCCAAGCCUCAGCGGCGAAAGACGGGUCCCAGCCCGGCCAUUGUGUCGCAGGUCCUGAACGAGGUGGACGAGCAAAACAUCCGGCCCGCCGACCAGGGCUUGCUGCCGCUGCCGGCCACCUCCACCGACGGGUCCGAGGAGAACGCUUCUGUGUCGCCUGAGAACCUGACGGACAUGCCGCCGCCACCGGUCCCGAACCGGAGGUCGACGAGCAAGUCUCCCUACAUCCGGCCCCAGAACGGUGGUCCUCAGCAGCCUCAGCUGCGCUCCGCAAACACUGAACAGCCGCAGACGCAGCAGCACCAGAAUCAGCAUCAGCACCAGCCGCAACCGGUGCUGCAAACACCACCACAACAACAAUCACAACAACAACAACCCCAUCCCGCGACUCCCGCGUCUCUCAUGAAGCUCCCUGCCACCAAGAACAAGGGCCCGCCCACCACCGGCCAGGAGGAGCACAUGGUUACGGAGAAUAUUGAGUCGCUCGAGCUGCCCGAGUCCAUCUCCAAGAAACGGCCGCUCGUCCCCAUCAACACGUCGCUCGCCUCGCCCUCUUCCCGCAUCGAGGCGACCUCAGCCAGGGGCUCCACGCUGCAGCCACUGCCGUCCCCCGGCAUCAGAGCAUCCGGGACAGCUUCUGCCGGCGCAAGCCCCCAACUGCGGCCAGGCUCGUCCGGGCCGACGGCGAGGAAGACACCCCAGCUCGUCUCGCGGAACAGCAGAAAACGCUCGACAAGCUCGGUCCACGCCUCGCCCGCGCUGCUGCCGAGGAUAUCUCCCAACAUCAAGCCCUUGUUGCCCGGAACUCCUGGCCUGUCGGCUGAGGACACAGCAUCGAGGCUGCUCAUGUCCAAGUCCAACUACCAGAACAUCCUGGAGGGGAAUACGGUGCCCGGCGUGUCGUACCCGAGCGAGCUGUCGACGAAUCUCACGUCAAAGAGGACGUCACACAAGAUUGCCGAACAGGGGCGGCGGAACCGCAUCAAUUCGGCGCUCCAGGUCAUGGCCGGGCUCCUGCCGGACCAGCCACCGGUCGAGGGCGCCGUGGAGGAGGCGGACAAGAAGGACGCCAAGGGGGCCAACAUGGCAAACAGCAAGGCCAGCGUGGUGGAAAAUGCCAUUGUGCACAUGAAGCACCUGCAGCAGGAAAACGUGGACCUCAAGCAAGAGCUUCAGCAGCUCAAGAGCCAGUUGGAGAAGAUAAAGGGAGAAUGCGAGGACAAGGAAGAUUCGGCGGCGACAUAGCACACAAGUGGCCGGGGAAGGGCACACGUUUUUUUUCUCGGACAAAGAAUGCUUUUUCGGGUAGCGCAAUGGCCUGGGCGACGAGAUGACUCGAGGUGGGACGCGAUCAUGUUUUCACUGUAUAUACGGACAGGACGGUGUUGCAUGGACAGACACGUCUGGGGGUGGGGGGUAGCCGGGGGCCUCAAGCGACAUUGUAUGGCGGUCAGUCAACCCUUGGGAGCAAAGGCCGACGAGGCCAGCGUAAUGCAUACGGAUCUUGACAGAGACCACCCCACGGGGACGCGUUCGUGUGAGAGAGGCGUCAGAUACGUGACACGGGGCGAGGUACUACUAACUAGUUAGUAACAAAAAAAAUACAACGACGUAAACACC